GCGAACCGGAAUCGCUACAUCGCGCGGACGUCCGAGUCCGAGUCGUUCAAGACCUCGUCUCCUAGCACUAAGCCUACAUACGCCAGGUCAAAUGUCCGUCGCCCGAGUGGUCAAAGUCAUUCCUGGUCGUACAGUGUUUUUCGUAUGCGACUUGCAAGCUAAGUUCAGACCUGCUAUUCAUGGCUUCGACAGUGUCGUGGCUACUGCCAACAAAAUGCUAAAGAUGGCGAAAGUCCUCGAUGUUCCGGUCCUCGUCACAGAACAGAACCCGCGGUCGCUUGGGCCCACUGUUCCUGAGCUCGCAUUCGCAGCACUCGGGCAGCUACACUUGGGGACCAUCGCGAAGUCUCUCUUCACCAUGCUCACGCCAGAAGUCCGCGAUGUUUUGAGCGAUCGUCAAUCCAAGUCCAUCGCGAUUUUCGGUAUAGAAUCUCACGUUUGCGUACUGCAGACAACACUCGACCUUCUGGAAGCCGGCUACGACGUGCAUGUCAUAGCAGAUGGCGUAUCCAGCUGCAAUGCGGAAGAGGUCCCUAUCGCGCUUGAAAGGAUGCGACAAGCGGGUGCUCAAAUCACCACGAGCGAGAGCAUUGCGUUCCAGCUACAAGCCGAUGCGUCCCGUCCAAACUUCAAGGCAUUCUCAUCGGUUAUCAAGGAUGAGAAGGACAGUACUAAGGCUUCCCUGCAAUCUUUGCUGCGUUCAAAUAUGAAACAGAGCAUGUUAUAAGGAGUGACCCGGUACGUCGCUGCUCCCAGUGCAGCUGCUGAGCACCAAUAGUGAAAUAUAGGGUUUGGAGAAGUAUCCAUGUU